GAAAUGUGCACCCGCUGCAGAUGUACCAGAGAGAUCAGUGAAGCCCCUCUUGGCAACAACAUGGUCAGAAACAGGCCUUGGCAUUGGCACGGUACCUGGGACGCGGGAAAGGCGAGUGCUAUACCUUGAGCACCCCAAAAGACUGAUGACGCUCGAAAAUUCAAUACUUGCUUUCGAUCCGCAUUCUUGAGAUUCUGCUACAAAGUCGCCAUCAGCUAAGUUUUACUUGGGGCGCCAUUCAUGUUAAAUUAGGACCUCACCUCAACCACUUCCCUCCAUCCUCACCAGUACAACAAUGGCCCCCUCAUCGAAUACCAGUCCUGCUCCGUUGCCGCGACGAUUAUCGUGUGACCGUUGCCAUUACCAGAAGUUGAGAUGUACACGAACCGGGGACAGUCAAACGAGUACUUGCAACCGCUGCAUUCGACAGAACGCACAAUGCGUUUACAGCUCCAGUCUUCCCAAAGGAAGACCGAGCAUGUACCGUCUAGCAAACGAGCGUCGCCCUCCAGCGAGCCCGAAGACCGCCUCUUCUACUACGAGCUCCGCCAGUUCCGAUGUCCCGCCUGCUGCGAAGACGGAUGGGGCUGAAAUAGCAGAGAACAGCAUGCAGAUUAGCGAGUCUUCCACCGCAAACGACGACAUUGAUCAGCUGCUAGCUGGAGCCAUUGGCCCAUCCUGGAUUCACCCGAUGGAAUGGAACGACAUGCAGAUCGAUACAUGUAGUGGAGAUGAGUUCUUGAACCUGCUCCACCACAACCCUCCAACACCGCCGUCGGCCUGUUUCACAGGUUCCCAAACACCCAUGUUUGAGCUCUUUGAGAGUGCCACCACCAUUGCAAAGAGUGACCCCGAUGUGGGAAUUGCCCAGCUGUCUCAGCUAAGCAUACGUCUGUAUCCAAUUCACAGGAGGAGUUGUAGCUUGGCAGAGACAGCAGGAUCAUCUGGCCAGAUGAGCCCCGACAUGGGCCAACAACACAAGACCCAAGCUUUGAUCGACGAUAAUGCUUUCAUAGUGGUCGCCAAAUGGCUGGUUCAGGGCGUAUCAACCAACAUGGACAUCCUCUUUCGUGCAGGCGAUCACCGUCUCCACAACCCGAACAUCAACCCGGCGCUUCAGUCGGAGCCCCCCACUACGGGUGAGACUCUGAACGACCUUUUUGCAGCCUCCCACCACCUUCUCGAAAUCUUGAGACUGCUGCAGUCCAACGUUACAGGCGGAAACAGAAACGACAUGGACGUUGCCGCAGCACCAGCGGGAGCAACCGACUUUUGGAGAAGCAUCACUCCGCAGUCGACAGACAGCAACGAUGGCACGGCUGGCUUUGGCGAGGGGUCCAAGCCGGUCCCGACGACCUCGGCCCCUUCCUCCAGCCAUGGUCGUCCGUCGUCGUCCAGCGAGUACUCGUCGACAGUUGUCAGACACCUGGUCAUCGCCUGCCACACCCUCCUUCUGAACAUAUACAUUGCCGUGCUCAUCGCUCUGCAGCACGACGUGGAUCUCCGGAAUUCCUCUCUUCCUGCCGAAGCAGCAGCCCUGGCGGACAUGCGCCUGGUUCUCGUGGUCCAGCUUUGCUCUUACCUGAUCAAGCGCCAGCACCAAGCCGUCGACGUUUAUCUUUCUUUUCCCAACACCCUCACGCAAAAUUUUGAACCGAACAGCCCCUCUUCCAACACCGCCAGCAGCAAUGGGGAGGUGAGAAGUGACCUGGAGCUGGAAGUUCAGCAACGACUGUCGAAAUUGAGACAGACACUCCGGAUCUAAACAGGAUGGAAACAAUCAAGCAUUUAUACACCGGGCACGCAGGACUUGAAACCCAGAGGGAAGAGGAGCAUGAUUUCUCCAAGAGUCGGGGACAUUGGAACACGAAUGUCGGAGCUGUCUAUCCUGCCCAGUCCGACCAGUGUUGUAGUAUCGUUGGCGGCCAAAGGGCGUGUGUGUGUGGAAUGUGAUGCGCUCCACUCACGGAUGGAGGCCUUGACAGAGGAAGGUCACUUUGGGUGGUGUUGUUGGUAUCUAUGUACAUAGAAUUCUUAGACAAAGUAUAUUUGUCACUGUUACAAAGCAUGAAGCUGGCAACCGAUUGGUGCCUUACCACUCUA